UGGGCGGUGCUUCAGUUACAAAAAUGUCACAUCUUUUAUAUCAGCGAACUGGCUUGAUUGUUCAAUUAAGAAAGUUUAGUGGUGCAGUUGUACUACGAGAUGCAAAACCAUCUUCUGUGAACACUACAUCUGCUCAGAGAGAAAGUCCAUCUGUUUUUGGGCCACAAAUGCAUAAAUUAACAAAUUUUCAGAAGAGAGUACUAGUCUUUGCUAGAAGAUACCCUAGUAUGGCAGAUGUCCCUGACAAAGUAACUACGGAGGUCCUUACACAAUCUCAAAGUAAAGCAAGAAUUCGGGCAAGUAAUUUUCUAUUAGUUUUCACUGCAUUGGGGUGUAUCUUUAUGAUAUACAGUGGAAAAAAAGAAGCUGAACAAGGCGUCUCAUUAACGAAAAUCAAUCAAGAAUGGCAUAAGAAAAUUAAUGAAGAAUAUAAAAAGUCUUUAGAAACUCAGGGGAAUAAAUAAAAUUGCAGUAUGUCAAUGUUCUUAUAUAUAUAUAUAUAUACACACACAUAUAUGUAGUAAUUUCUUCAGUGAAAAUGGGGAAUUUAUGUGAUUUAUAAUAUUUAAUUGGUUGUAAAAAGAAGUAACAUAGAUGUGUUUCAGAUUAAUAUUUUUUUAGUAUGAGC